AGCGAGCGCUCACAUCUGGACGGGCCUUAAUAUGCCGAUACUCGUUAAUAUUUGACGCGCGGGGACGUUUCGCGACUUGAAAGGACGCCCGGGAGUAUCCUUUGAGCGCGGGGAGGCGCGCGCGCGCGGGGGCACGUCGGGCGUCGGACGUUAAUCAGAUUCCGGGCGGUGAAAACUCGUGAACUUUGCUCCUCCGCGCUAUCGGCGCAUUCGGCGCUGGGCAAAGCGUUUCGCGGCCGUCCAUCGUCGUGAGCGCGGGCAGUUCGCGGCGAGUAAGAGUCAAAUAUCGCAAGCGAUGGCACCGGGACGGAGCAACGUUAUCAACGGCAACCAGCUCAGGAACUCCUCCGGCAUCUCGUCCAGUAUGCCGGGACCGCACUUGCCCUUCCAAACCGCCGGUGCUGCUCCACCGCCGUUGCCGCCUCGCCAGCCGGCACAGAGCUACCCGGGGUACAACGAUUACAGGCCGUACGGCACGAGCUAUGGCUACGGGAGCUACGGAGGGUACGGAGGAUACGGCGGCGGCUACCGGGGCUACGGUGGGUACGGAUCCUUCGGCAGCUACAUGCCGUACUCCGGUAGCAGCUACGGGCACAUCGGAGGGCACAGUGGCGACGUGGAGAGCAGGUUUCAACAGUACGCGGAGGAGAGCACGAGAUCGACAUUCCGUGUGGUGGAGACCGUGUUGCACACGUUCUCAUCGGUCACGAUGUUGCUGGAGUCGACAUACUUCGCACUGACCAAUUCUUUCCGUGCGAUUCUAAGCGUGGCGGACAACGUCGGCAGAUUGCGCUCGACGAUCGGCCAGCUGUUGAGCACGUUCGCUUUGAUCCGCUUCAUGAAGUGGGUCUACAGGAAAGUUUUAUUUACGCUCGGUCUUCAAACGCAGAGCGCUGUCGUCGAGGACUUGUGGCAGCAAUCGGUGUCGCAGCAGAACGGAGAACGGCCGACGAUCGCGUCGUCGACGAACGAACGAAUUUCUCCGUGGAUGAACGUCCUGCUGCUCGGCGUGUUCGUCGCAAUUCCAUAUCUAAUUCACAAGAUAACGAGUAACAUAAGACAGAGUCAGAUAAAAGUUAACGACCCGAAAGAAUGGGUGAAGUGCGAGGAUCCUGUAUGUGUGGCGACAGCCAUGUACGAUUUCAUGGCGGUUUCCAACGAGGAACUGAGCCUGAGGGCCGGUCAGAAAAUAUGGCUGGCGCCGCGCUCUCUGCAAUCUAAGAGCACACCAGGUUGGUUGGUAGCCACCGACAAUAGGAACGUCGGUUUGGUGCCCGCCAAUUAUGUGACUAUAGUGGGACAAUUAAAGAGGAAAUCGGAAUCGCAAGGCAACGGAAAUGUCGUCGCGCCCACGGUAAUUCCAACUUCGGCGCAAAGCGCGACCGCUCUCGACGAACAGACGAACACGCUAGAACCUAACGCCAGCCAACAAAGCACCGAUUUCUCUGAAAAUAAUAAUAUUAAAGACGAUCUCCUUUAGUCGAAAUAUGUCUGGAGGCUUGGAGUGAAAUCUACUUGUACGGAUAGUCACGAAGUGAUAUUGUCUACCUUAAAAUAAAUAUGUAUAUGGCCUACUAUAUCUUUAUAGGGCAUGACUGAUAUAAAGUAAUAUUACAAAACGCGCUGUAUAUCUACUGGGUAUCGUAAAUAAAACGCGGCGAGGCUCUUUCCGAUACAAUGAUUAAAUUACGUGUCGUAAAAGGCGAUUUACUAACACUGUUGAGUUAUCUCCAUUGGGGGAAAGAGCUCGUCGACUAACGUAAAAUAAGGACCGCGGGUUUCACUAUCUUUAGUUUACACUGAUACAUCAUGUCUUUUUAUAUUUUAAGUCGCUUAAGUUAUUCAAAUAAAGGGAGGCUUGUAACAUGUUUAUAAAUUUACUAAUCUGUCAGAAGAGGAGGAACGCACGCGUGUCAUUUCGCAUUCAUGUCGGUCCGUAAAUGAUUUUUUCAUUUCUUACAAUAGAUUUCUGUAAAUGAAAGAUAUCGCACUUAUUGUUAGCUGCAAUAACGCUUGUGCUUGACGGAUACUUGAACAAAAUUUGAUAUUACAACUCGUUGAUAUUUCGCUCGUAUAAAUGUAUUGUUUGCUUUGCAAUUGCUAAUGCAAGUCCAUGUAAGAUAAAGUGAGUUUCAUGUCACAAGCUCCCUUUGUAAGUGAAUAUUCGCAAUAUGGUGUCACAAUCUCAUGUGUAAGAUAAAGCAGGGCAAUACAAUCGCGUUUGUAUUUGGAAAUUCAAACGGAUGGCACAAAAAUUAACUGCAAUAUUACGCCAACAAAUUUCAAAAUGUGAGAUGGCUCGGAAUUCGAGAAUCUCCGCAUUUCCAUUACCAAUUGAAAUAUCUAAACGUAUAACAUUUUAAUUCAUGUUAAUAUCAAGAUAAUAAAAAGUUAAACUACUUUAAUUAAUAAAGUAUCUGCCUUUUCCGCUGUCGGUUUGAAGAACCCGAUCAAAAUAUACCAAAAUAUAAACGCGAUUGUUCGGGAAAAGCUACGGUAUUAUUUCUAAUAUAUGCAAUUAGAGUUUUGUACAUUUUAUAUUUUAAUUGUAACUACUUUUCCUGCCCAUUAUUUUGUAAUGGAGGAUAAUUUAAAAUUGUAUACAUGUAUAUGAUAUUUAUAGCUAGAUAUUUCUCCGUAAAUUGAAAUUUAAGGUAUUAAAUUUGAAAUUUGACAGUCCUGAUGUAUUCUUCAACGCCGAGAACGUUUCUCUUCAUGGUGUUCUGAAUAAGAUUUACAAAGUUUUAUCAUAUGUUAGAUAAUAUAUAAAAGCAUUUAUAUUUUAUGUUUGAAGAAUCUAAUUACUCAUAUUUGCGAUUUGUUGGGAAAGGAUUAUUACGUAAAGGAAGUGUAAUAAAACGUUUUAUCGCUAAUUGUAAGCUGUGUCUACCAAUAUGCGUCUGAAAAGCGGAAAUUGUAUCGAGCAAAAUUCAAUUAAUUAGAAAUUAUUUUGCGCGGAAUUUUUUUUUAGAUACGCAUAUAUCAAUUUGGAAGACUACAUAUAGCACUAAAUAUGAGACGAAAUAAAGAAUGUAACUACGGACUAUUGAAUGCACAUUAUUAAGGAAAUUACGACUGUUAAAAAAUGUUCAACGUGCGCACAUUAUGCAGACACAUAAAUACCUACAUCUAUAAAAGAUAGUUUUGUUGUGAAACAUUUAUUUUGCAAAUUCCAAGAUGUUUAAUUUAUAAAUUAAACUUGGAAUAUAUAAGGCAUACGACGAACAAUAUAACGCAGAUACCGUAAUAUUUUGCCGACAGCACCUGUAUAUUAAUCAUAUUCUAUAUGAUGUAUAAUUUUCACCAAAAUUGUCAUAAAAUAUACGCUCCUUUUUGGUAUCGUCAAA